AUGGUGAGCAUCUGGACAGUUGCUCUUUUGCUGCUGGGAGCAGCCAAAGGAAACGAAGUUUGCCAUGAUUCCAUCAGGUGUGUCUCUGACUCCGAGCCCUGGGCUGGGACUGCAAUCAGGCCCUUGAAAAUUCUCCCCUGGAGCCCGGAGAAGAUUGGCACCCACUUCCUGCUCUACACCAACAAAAACCCAAACAACGUUCAGAUUCUCCUUUCCUCUGAUCCAUCAACAAUUGAGGCGUCCAGUUUCCAAAUAGCCAAGAAGACCCGGUUCAUCAUCCAUGGCUUCAUCGACAAGGGAGAUGAGAGCUGGUUGGUACACAUGUGCAAGUCUCUCCAACACCGGAACAUGUUUGAGGUGGAGGAGGUGAACUACAUCUGCGUGGACUGGAAGAAAGGCUCCCACACUUACACUCAGGCUGCCAACAAUGUGCGCGUGGUGGGCGCCCAGACGGCCCAGAUGCUGGCCAUGCUCAAGUCGAACCACAGCUACUCACCUUCCCAAGUCCACCUCAUUGGCCACAGCCUGGGGGCCCAUGCGGCGGGAGAGGCAGGGAGAAAAACUCCAGGCCUGGGCAGGAUUACAGGAACCCGGGACUUCGUGGUUUGCAAUCACUUGAGAAGCUAUAAGUACUACUCAGAGAGCAUCCUCAAUCCCAGUGGACUCAGCGCAUACCCCUGUGCUUGCUACAGGGACUUUGAGUCUAACAAGUGCUUCCCCUGUCCAGGUGAAGGGUGUCCCGCAGAUGGGAUGCUAUUGAGAUUUGCUGGCAAGACAUGUGAGGAGCAGCAGAAGUUCUUCCUGAACACAGGAGAUUCCAGCAAAUUUGCCCGCUGGAGAUAUGGCGUUUCUAUAACACUGUCUGGAAGAACAGCCACUGGUCAAAUCAAAGUUGCUUUGUUUGGAAAUAAGGGAAACACUUGUCAAUACAAUGUCUUCAAUGGGAUUAUCAAACCAGGCUCCACCCUUUCCAGUGAAUUUGAUGGAGAUAUUGAUGUUGGAACAAUUGAGAAAGUCAAGUUUCUUUGGAAUAACAACGUGGCAAACCCAACCCUCCCGAAAGUGGGUGCAGCCAAGAUCGCCGUGCAGAAGGGAGAGGAGAAGAUAGAACACAGUUUCUGCAGUGAAACUGUCCCAUGUCAUGACACCGUGAGAGAGGAUGUCCUGCUCGCUCUCACACCCUGUUAA